AUGUUAAAUCAAGCUUUAAAAGUUAGAGAAAUUGUUUUCAUUAAUGAACAAAAAGUACCUUUAUCAGAAGAAAAUGAUCAGUAUGAAACCGAAGCAACUCAUUUUCUUGUUUAUAAUAAGAAAAAUCAACCAAUUGCAACUUGCAGAACGAGAGUUUAUUCCGAUAAUAAAAUUAAAAUUGAACGAGUUUGUGUUUUAAAAGCUUAUCGUGGUUUAAAAAUUGGUGAAGAUUUAAUUAAUUUUGCUGAACAAGCAGCAAAAAGUCAAGGAUUUAAAGAAGCAAUUUUAGGUGCUCAAACCACAGUACUAGACUUUUAUCAAAAAUUAGGUUAUCAAGUUUGUUCUAAACCAUUUAUGGAAGCAAAUAUUGAACAUUACUUAAUGAAAAAAACUUUAUAA